AAUGCCUUCAACCGAUGCUUUCGUGUCGUGCAUUCGUGCCUCAUGCUCAGCUGAGGUGCCACGACAACAGAACUUGCUUUGAUUCGACGCCAAUACAGAUGACAGCCUUCUCAUAUGUAUGCACAGUGCAGCGGCAGUUGGUGCAGAGUGUCAGCCUGCAUGUUCUUGCGAGGCUGUGCACACGAGAACCCGAUACUCCCCUCUCCCCUCAAUUCAUCAGGCUGCACCCGACCGUCAAUCCUUCACUCUUGAUACUCUUAAUACUGCCUACAAACACCUCCACGCAGGGCUCGAGAUAGCAGCCCGCUGCCGAUUUCGCCACGAAGAGCACAUCCUAUAAUGAGGGCAUGCUCUCUCCUUUGAGCUUAUACGCUCGCGAUAUAUCCUAGAUAAGGGACUCAAGGUCUCGCGACCGAUACGAACCACAGCAACCUGCAUACACAAUUACAUUCGGCGGAAGACGUUAUGGAAGACACGAUUGAUCCGUCAGCAUGUUCGGAUCAAAGUCCACCGGUGGAAGUUCAAAGACUGGAACUGCAAGUGUUGAACGAGCCACCAGUGCAGGCUACAUCAAGCCAAAGCCUCGAAAAGAGAUCGCACACGAUGACGAAAACUGAACCCGCAAAGCGUGCUCUAGAUGCAAUCGAUAAAUCUGAACCGCACUUAAAACCAAGGGUGAAAGCUCAGAGAACUACGACGAUUUGCCCGCAAACUGGAACUCUUUCCUCAACCCCACCCACGGACACGGCUGCGAGACCAGAACAAAACCUCUGCGCUAGAUGCGCGGCACUUGACAUGAAUAAGAUCAUGUCAGAACAUGUGGGCGACAGACAUGGCACACUUAUCAUGGAGUUUAGCAGAAAAUCCAAAAACUGGGUCACUACUCCAUGUCACUUUUGCCAGUUCUUGUCUUCUGUGGUGCCCAAACGAUGGGGAGCUGAGACUCUAUCGCUGCUUUCUUUAUGUACUAGGUCAUACCCCUUGUAUCUCUCAGACAACUCAGUUGCACUAGGGGUUGUUCAAAAAGACCCUAAUAAAUAUAGGGCGAUGAUAGCUUCUUCGAGAGAGAUUGGCUACAUUCUCCCAAUCAAUCAACCAAUCUCCAGCAACACAAGAUAUUUCAAAGGGAAGUUAGUCGCGCCCGACCAGGUAGACUUUCACCGUAUUUGUCAGUGGCUAUCAUCCUGUCGGCAAAGACACGAUUCGUCCUGUAAUGCAACGGAAAGAUCAACGGUAUCCUUUCUGCUACUCAUCAACUGCGAAAGUCGAAAGAUCGAGAUGGCAGAUAGUAGCCAUACCUAUGCUGCACUCAGCUAUGUAUGGGGUAAUAUAAAGCCGGCGAGCACCGACAUCAAAGAUGGUUUGCACCUAGCUGAGGUGCUCCCUCGGACUAUUGAGGAUGCAAUCACUGUCACCAAAAGGCUGCAGAUUAAAUACCUAUGGAUUGACAGAUACUGUAUCCCGCAAGGAGAUGAAGAUAUUAAACAUGAUCAGCUUCGCCAAAUGGACAGGAUAUACCAUAAAGCUGAAGUAACAAUUGUUGCUGCCGCCGGCGGUGACCCAACUGUUUGUCUCCCUGGGGUGAGCAGUAACACUAGGAUCCGCCAACCACGUAUUUCAAUCGGAGAGCAUACGCUAGUCUCAUCCAUGAGAAGUCCAGGGUGGCAAAUUCUUUCAUCUACAUGGUCAACAAGAGCGUGGACAUACCAGGAAGCCGUUUGUUCAAGACGUCUCGUUAUAUUCACUGAGCAGCAAGUGUAUCUUGAAUGUUGCGGAUCAAACCUUGGGGAGGCGGUUGACUCAGACAACGAAACUCUUUUUCCGAACCUAUUUUUGGGACGAGAUUAUAACGGCGGAAAUUGGGACUUUCUCCAGAAAAUAAGUCAAUACUCAAAGAGGACGCUCACAUACGAUUGCGACGCUCUCAAAGGAUUGCUUGGGGUUCUGCGCCUCUUCGAAGAUGCAACGGAUCCAAUCUAUCACUACUGGGGUGUACCGGUCCUUCCAACGAGGAGGCGCGCAACUUGCAUUUCAAUGCGACAGAGAACUGAUGGGUUCGUGGCAGGUCUCUGUUGGCAAUCUGCAGGUCCAGGCAGACGGCGACCUCAAUUUCCCAGUUGGUCGUGGACGGGAUGGACAUGUUCAGUCCUUAGCAACUCGCCUGAGUAUAACACCUGGGUCGAAAUUCCCCAAUUGAAAACCCGCAUCUCGAUACAGUCACCUAAUGAGGACCAACUGGACUUUGAAUCCUUUUUCGAGCGCUACAUACAACGAAGUAACUCCUUCCCAUCCUCCCCCUAUAUCCAUAUCGAAGCAUGGACAAUCGACCUUCGAGUGCGAGACAUCUCACACUAUUCGAAAGACAUAAUAAACCUAUACACAUAUCCAGCUACAGCUAGUGGUGUCAUAGCAUGUGCUCCACUGCACCUCUUGGAAGAGAAUAGAUUAACAUUCCCCGACUCUUUGGAGACAGAAGAUCUGAUAGGCAUAGUCAUUCGUAAACCCUUGGAUGCCUUUAAUCCUGAAAAGGCGUUCAUAAUGGUAACUAAGGAUAUGGGGGGUGUAUUAGAAAGGAUGGGACAUGUCUACUUCAACCGAGACGAUACAGCAAGUAUAACACUUUCUAACGACGGUAUGGAGGUUUUAGCCAUUCGAGCUGACUGUACGACUCGGUGUCUAAGUCCCUGGUGGGAAUCAAUGGUGUACCGGAGACUCAUACUGGGAUAAUGGUAGAAACUCAGAGGAUGUGGUACCUUGGUUUGAGGCCUGUAGCAGCUAAGUGUUUCAUGACAGGCUUCUUCACAUGCGUAGAUAGUUAGAAAAUUAGCCUUUGUCUACAGCCUAAUGUUCAGUCUCUAAUUCAAUAUUUACCUUCAAUU